AUGACAUUCCCCGUCAAUGCAAACGCAGACCCGGACCCCACGACGCAGAUUGCAUGGCCCGCACGGCAGCGUCGUUCGUCCCGGUCUCCUUCCAGGCAAGCCCUCCUCGGAGACCAUGAUGCACACGAUCGCGCGUCCUACUGCGCGGACCGCCUCACGACAUGGAAUCUCAUCACGCUCAGCAUAUCCAUGGCAGGCGCACAGAUUGCGUGGACCGUCGAGCUGGGAUAUGGCACACCUUUCCUCCUCUCGCUUGGUGUUUCUGAGCAAGUCACGAGUCUUGUCUGGCUCGCAGGUCCUAUUAGCGGACUCAUAGCUCAGCCCCUGAUAGGUGCAAUAUCCGACUCCUCCCACUCCAAGUACCGCCGCAGAUACUGGGUUUCUCUCUCUACAAUAUUCCUUGUUGUCUCCACACUUGCUCUCGCCUAUUGUCAGACUAUCGCAGCAUUCUUUGUUGAUGCCUAUGGAGGUGGUGCUGGUGACUGGGAUCCUUCGCGGUCAAAGCAGGUCAAAAACGUGGCUAUCGGAAUUGCUGUCUUCUCUUUCUAUAUCCUUGAUUUUGCUCUCAAUGCUCUACAAGCGUCUUUGCGGAAUCUGCUAUUAGAUGUAACACCUCCAGAACAGCUAAAUGCAGGCAAUGCAUGGCACAGCAGGAUGUCUCAGGCCGGUAACAUAGUUGGGUACGGAUUUGGGUUCUUUCCGUUGGCAAAAUUGCCAUUCCUUCGAUGGCUUGGUGGGGAUCAGUUCCGCAAGUUCUGUGUAGUCAGCAUGAUCAUCCUGGUCAUCACUGUCUGGACGACUUGUUGGUGCCACGAGGAAAAGGCCUCGUUGCCAAGCUCGAAACGGAACAAAAGUAAAUUACAUGAUAUCCUAGAGAACAUAUAUAACGCGGUCAUCAAGCUUCCCAAACCUAUCAGACGAGUUUGUCUUGUACAAGUGUUUGCAUUCAUGGGCUGGUUUCCAUUUCUGUUUUACUCCACCACAUACGUCGGCCAAAUCAUGGCGUAUGAGACAAAGACUGAUCCGGAUCCAGACGUUGCGACGAGAGCAGGCGAAUUUGCUAUGCUGAUCUACAGCUUAGUGGCUGUUGGUGCCGGCGUAUUGCUACCGCACCUUGCUCGUCGUGAUACUCGCCUGCUACCUCGCGAGGGGGAAACUGCCGACACGGCAAGGCGGAGGAUGCGAAAUGAUAUCAACAAUUGGAAGGCAGAUGCCGCAGCUCGUGGCAAGACUUUCCGCCUGCCACCCCUACCGCUUACACUUCGUAACAUAUGGACCGGUGCCCUCCUUCUUUUCACCCUCAUAACUUUCUCCACCUUCUUCAUUUCCACGGUUGCUCAAGCCACUGCAGCCAUCAGUCUGGUUGGUAUCUGCUGGGCAGUUGCAUGUUGGGUGCCCUUUGCUAUCAUCAUGGAGCUACUAAAAGAGCUGCAAGCCCCGUCUCCGGGUCCCACUACCCGCCCAACUUCGUCCAGAGCGAACUCAGCUUAUGUCCCAAACGAGGGUAGUGGCCAUCCGCAUCCUUCCGAUGUUUACGAAGAGGUGGCCGAGGAGAUUGGAGUGCCAACGCCGAUUGCCGGAGGCACCGUUUUGGGGAUUCACAAUCUGGCGAUUGUGAUGCCCCAAUUCAUCGUUGCCCUUGUGUCAAGCGCAAUUUUCCGUGUAGUCGAUGAAGCUGAUCCUGCGGCAGACCCGCUGCAAGGGGGGACAUAUCUGGGCAAGAACGGGGUCGCAUGGGUCCUUCGUUUUGGCGGUUUAUGCACAUUGAUCGGAGCCGUGGUAUGCCGGAUGGUACCAGCGACCCUAACCGAGAAACAAAUGGAGCAUCAGCGCGCGGAAUUCAAGGCACUGGUCGAGGAAGAGGAGCCUUAAGCUCGGUCUAAUCCGCUGCAUUUCAUUUUCCUAGGUCAUUGGGUAUAGAAUGUGUAACCUUCCCCUGUUACUGCCGCCUACUGUAUAUGAUGGUCUUUCCACUAAGUCAACGUUACUUUAUAUUCGCUGAUUCAUCUUGUUGUUUCCUAGUAAGCAUAGUGCGUAUUCCCACCCAUCGACCGUUUGAUCUGAAAUUGCACGACAUGGGAUAGUGGUAGUAGGCAGAGGGUGGGGAACCUUUGAGAGCUGAUUCAAGACUUGUCCAACUACAAUAAAUACGACGACAUGUCAGUAUGUCGCAAACGGAUAGCGAGAAAACUGACGCGGUUGUGGCGAACCCGCGAGAUAGAACAGACGGGCCGAAAUCACAGGCUGGAACAAAUCUGAAGGUAAAAGAGUCCGCAUAUCUUUCACCUGGCCUUUGCCAAAUAUCAUCACACAAAAAGCACCCAUACACAUUUGAGACAGCUCCCAUGUCAUAAAGGAGCCUUGGUCCUCGUGGUUCCCAUUGACGAAGACCGGGGGUUCUGAGCUCGUGACCAUGCAAUCAUCUUCAUCUAUGAAAGUAUGUUGACCUGUAUGCAUCAAAACCUGUUUUUCUACAACUCCUUGUCGUGGAAGUGCCUUGACUGCGACGUAUAACGUUGGAGAUCGUGGCCCGGUUUCUUUACUUCGAGCAGUUUCAUCGGCAGCUUUGACAUGCUGGAUGUUGUCGGCUUCGGAAAGCCAGUAAAUUGUUGCCUGUGCAUAGCCGGUCCAGUUACCGGUAUUUUCGCUGAGUGCAGUCUGGACACGUUUGGCAUGCUGAAAUGACAGUGCCGUUUCCAUCGCAAGUGAUGUCGGCGAGGGAAGCAUGAGGGUGCUGGGAACUAGGCCUAUCUGUCCCGAAAUGAACACCCAGUCAUCGGCCAAGAUAGCUUGGGAGUAAGGACCAAUGUUAGCAGGUGCCCAGUAGCUGAGUGCCUGGACAUGUAAUGCUUGCCGGUCGGACGGUGUGUUAUGGGUAUAUGCAAGGCAAUCGAGCUUGAUGCGGAUAUUGCUUGGCAAAUCUACUGCGACGCAGGCACGCGCAGGUGGACUUGUUCCAAAGAAACGCUGGUACACGGCGUUUACUCGGGGAAAGAUAUCCAUGGAGGCAAGGAAGAGGUUCAUAUUGAUACAGUUCACGAGGGUAAGGGCGUGUUCCUCAAGAAAGCCUUGUAGCAUGGAGAAGCAUGCCUCAACCUCUUCUUCGACUGACAUUUCACUCGAAUUUUCGACGAAGAUGUUAGCAAAGCACGACCAGCGACCAUUCCGCCCAUAAGCGGAGUUGGUCUCUUGAAAUUGGUUCUCGGGAGUUAUUUCAGCAUUUCUUGUGCUCGGCUUGGCACGUGAUGUCUCAAUGGCAGAAUAAACCUCCUCGAAGGAGUCGUCAAGAACCGGUGGAGCAACUACGUUCGGAGGAGAGCUGUCUUUGCGCUGUAGGGAUGCCUUCUUUAUGCGCAGGAAAGCAACGGUAGCAAACCCACUGUCAGAAUGAAUGACGGAUUCUACUUCUUCUAAUAUGAUCCGACUUUUGAACAAAGGACAAUCCAAAGUAAAGGUUUCAUAUUCACCGCCCUCCCCACAAAUAUGGGAUCCGUAAAGAGCGUUCAGUUUCAUCAAAGUAUCUUGCAUUUGGGUUAGAGACUUUCCGAGGUGCUUUGGUGUGAGUCCGAUGCCUGCAACUUUGAUCAGGAUAGCUUCCAUGUUCGCCCGGACCAUCUCGGAAAACAGUUCACUCUGAUCCCGUUGCCAGAGGUAGCACAAUGGAGUCAAACCCAGCCGAUUGCACACAUGCUCGACGCGUACCCUUUGGUAAUUUGACAAGAUAGCACCGACAGAUACGCCUUGAACAUCGGGAUGAUGAGCUUUGACGUCCGCCAGAACCGAGACGAGAUCUUCAGUCUCAUCGCCUUGGACACCAAUUCGAGGACCACCUGCACGUUCACCGUAUUCCGAGCCCUGUUCUAUAGGAGAUCCAACAAUAAUCCUGCGGUACAGUGGUACUUCGAGUGCCUGUGCCACGAGUUGGAUGGCAUCUUGACCAACUGUUUGGUAAAGGUAUGAGUCAAGCUCCUCUUUUCCCUCUGCUGGAGAGAGAGUUGCUGCUGCGAUUAGCUCAUGGCCUUGUUUGUGGCAAUGGAGGAGAUUAAAGCAACUGUCUUUGCCGCCGCUGAUGAGCGCGACGUAUUUCAUCGUCAG